AUGAAAUCAGUAAAUUUGAGCAGCAUUAUAGCUCUUAUCAUAGUUUCAGCAAAUCUACUUGAUUCAAUAAAAUGCAGUGUUGCUUAGGGUUUUGUGUCAACUAAUUACACAGCAGGUGUUAAAUGUGUUGCCUGUGUUUCUGCAAGGCAAUACUACUGUACAAAUCCUACUACCAAAGCACUAGAUUGUUAUGAUAACAGCGAUCUUGAUUGCCCAGCUGUAAAUGCAUCAGACCCAAAUAGUGUAACUUGGCCUAUCUCCCCUAUGAAUUGCACUUAAAGGUCUUUAGGUCCUGCUCCAUGUAACUCAACAAUAAAGAUUACUAGUGGACUUGUCGGUAGAUCUGAAUCAUUUAGUGUACAGCUUAACAGAAACCAAUUUUGUGGAUUUUAUCUUAUCAAUGAUAUGCCCUAGGGAAAAGCAUCAUGGAGUUUAAGUGAGAGUGGGACAGCUUUUGUUCAAUAUGCACCAGCAGACAGUGCUCCAGAUUUUGGUAUUCCAAGUACGUAUGAUUUUAGAACAUAUUCUGCAAUUCCAGUUGAAAAAUAAGCUCUAGAUGCAGGAUCAGGAGUCAUAUUUAUUGCUGGAAAUACUGUUUGGAAUACUAAAGUCUAGGACCCAGCUAACUACAUUUAAACUUUUGAAAUUACUUAUGGAGCUGGAAUGGCUUUAAAGACCUCCCUUAUAAUUACAGGAUUACUGAUAUCUCUAAAUUUCUUAAUGGGAUGA